AUGCCUGGAAGAGGUUAGUUGUGGAUAACAUCGUUGCCCACUCAUAACAUCGCAGACAUCCCAAUCACGAGAAAGGCCAACUUGAGCGAUUUCAGAGCCAAAGAACGAGAGAUUGGAAAGCAUAUACUGCGGGCGCUUAUCGAACGGAAACCGCAAUUCAAGGAUUACUUUGGGAUUCAUGUAGACGAGAAGAAGGACGAUGUGUACAGCUGCAGAGAGUUCCAGCUGCAAUCACAUCGGAUCCAGAACUUUCUCGACACGGCAGUCUCUUCUCUCGGCUUCUGUCCGAUCGGAAAUAUCCAUCAGAUGGCCUACAGAAUUGGACAGAUUCACUUUUAUAGGUGAGAACAUGGAGUACUGGAAAGGCUUGAGCUGUGAGGUUCAGAGGAGUGAACUUUGGAGCCGAUAAUUGGUUGACAUUCAAGAAGGUGACUGUGGAGAUUGUCACCCAGGACGGAAGCAAUUCUGAGAGCAGUUCGGUCGAUUUGAAGAGUGUUCCCUCUCUCUUUCCGUCCAAUUCGAGCACCGUCGUCAUAAUUGGAUGGGAGAAAUUCAUGGGCUCCGUGAUUCGAGAGAUGAAAAAAGGCCAGUUUAUUAACUUGUUUCUCAGGAUUCCGGAAAUCUAUUUAUCUCACUCCGAGAAUUCACGCGCGCAUCCAUCACUAAUUUAUAGACAUCCGUGCGUUAGAGUUGUAGUCGUAGUCGCUCAGCUGAUUUUAAUAUGGAAAAAGGAGAUUAAUUAUUUCAGGAUUCCUGGACGAGGCUCGUCGCAACUGUCACGACGAAGAGACGCGUUUCUGA